CAAAAUUCUGACAUCAUGUCUGAGAUAUUGACUGAUUACAAAAAACGUGAGCUUGAAUGGAAAUUAAGCCUGAGCACCGAGUUCCCUCUUCGUUACGUUAAGCAGCAGGCUGCUCAACAAUAUGAAUUUCUUUUUUGUGUGGAGAUUCCUUGGCCAUUGCUACGCUUAUGGGGUGAGAUUUUGGAAGAUACAGCCAUCAAAGCAACUUACUUAGACCUUCUCAACUCAACUGUGGUUGAUGGGUGGUUUAUGGUCAAGAGGGGCUGCGAACGUGUAGAGAAACUAUUAUAUAAGACAGCAGCUGUGGUGAAGAGUACCUACAGGAAAACAAGUGGGAGAAAAAAGAAGCAACUGGAUGAUAAAGUAUAUAAACUGAGUAUAAGAAGGAAUGAAGUGGAGACAUUUGAAUCCCUUAAGUCUGAAAUUGAAAAAUCUCAGCAUGAACUUGACGAAUGGAAAAGAAAGUUCAAUGAUUUGGCAGCAGAAAAGGAGAAAUUGUAUGAUGACAUGAUAAGGGAGAUCAAUGAACUGCAAGAAGAAAUAACAGAUCUGAAACAGGUCAACAAAGACUUAGCAGAUUAUGUGGAAGCCCUUGAAAAAAGUGCAUCACUACAAUGUCAGGGGAAAAAAUAUAAUCAGCUAGGAACUAAACAACAAGGUAGGAAGCUUCGCCUUUUAAAAAGCAAAGCACAAUGUGCCUUGUGGUUUUGCAAAAGCUUUGGACUGGAACUGACAGAGAUAAAACUACAGGAUGAAGAGGGCUUAAUUCACAGCUUAAAUUACUCUGCAUCCAAUUCUACCCCUCAUGGACAUGCAAAUUUGGAUGAAGAAGAGAAAAACAAAGUGGAACAGGUUUUGUUCCUGCUUGAUAAGUUUUGUGUAGGUGAUGAAACGUAUCAUGAACUUUCCAUGAUCACUGAAGGCCUACCCAAAUCCUAUCUUGUGAAACAGUCAAGAACAGCAAUGAACAAACUAUAUCAUAUCGAGAGAACACCUGGAAAGUAUUCAGGAUCAUGUUUAAAUUUCACUUCUACAUUUAAGGAUCAUGUCAGGGAGCUCCUUAAGAAGGAACCUGAACUGAAAGAAGGAAAAAUUCAAGUCAAAUUGAGUGGGGAUGGUGCUCGUAUGUCAAGAACAACAAACUUUAUGAUGAUGUCCUUUACAUUACUACAGUUGAAUGAAAGUGUCAUGUCCCCUAAGCAUAACAGAACAGUAGCAAUCAUCAAUGGGCCAGAGAAAUAUGAAACCCUAAAAACAUCACUCUCAAAUUUUUUUGAUGAGGUAAAUCAACUGAUUAGCACAGGUACAAUAGCAAUUGAUGGAGAGGAUGUUGAACUAGAAUUUUUUCUAGGUGGGGAUAUGAAGUUCCUUCUCAUGAUCCUGGGGUUGAGCUCAGCUACAGCUGAUUAUGCUUGUGCCUGGUGCAAAAUUCACAAAGAUGACAGGUGGGACACAAGCAAGCCCAUCCACCAUUACAAUGAGGAACCAAUGAGGCGCACUCUCGAAGAAAUGAAAACACUCUGCUCUUCUAAAGAUAACUUUGGAUGCAUUCAUGAGCCACUUCUAAACAUUCCACUAACACAUGUAAUACCUGAUGAACUUCAUUUAUUGUUACGAAUAACUGACAAACUACUACAGAAUAUCAUUGAUGAGGUACUGGAGAGGGAUGCUGUGGAGGAUUUUGAUAAGCCUAGAGGCCAACCUAAAGGGAUAUACCUUACAAGACUAGUGAAAGCUAUAAAUGACCUGGGAAUAUCUUUUUCUGUCUGGAACAAAAAGAAUGCUGAUGGCUCUGAAAGCCAGGUCAAAGAAUUUACAAGUCUCCUUGGGUCCCAGAAAAAGAAACUCCUGAGUGGAUUGCCCUCUAACCUUCAGGAAUUCCUGUACCCAAAUACAUCUGCAACAGUUAAACAACUGUGGGUUGAUUUUGGCCACUUGUAUGACAAGAUUUCUGAUUUUAACCUCACCAACACUUCUGCUCAUGACAUAUUUCUUGAUGCAAAGGCUUGGAUUGAACUUUUCUGUUCUCUACGAGGUGUUCGCCAAGGGUAUACCAGACCCAGAGUAACCCCCUAUAUGCACCUUAUUCCCUACCACCUUCCUUUCUUUGUGCAAAAGCAUGGUUGUCUCAAACAAUUUACCGGGCAAGGAGUAGAAAAAAAUAACGAUGAUGCUAAGAGAAUCCACUUUCACAAGUCAAAUAAGUGGGAUGCUGCCAGAGACAUACUUUGCACAGAAAGUAGGCAGUGGGAACUAAAGCACCAUGAACGUAAGAAAGCCACCUACACUAAAAGGAAGCUAGAUUACUGGGAGGAUGAAAUCCAUCGAAAAAGGAAAGAACAACGGGCUUCUUCGGCAAGCACAUCCAUGUACAUGGAACGGGUCGAGGAUGAUGAAAUAUCUGAUGAAAGCCCCACUUGUGCCACCCAAGAUUAUAACAAGAUGACAAUUGCACAACUCAAAGAAGUCAUCAAAAGAAAAGGAAUGAAAGUGAAAAAUAUAACUAAAUUUAAAAAAAAAGACCUAGUGGCUCUUGUCGAAAAUUCUCAAGUACAAUAAAUAUAAUC